GGCAUGGAGGGGAUUAAAGUGUUUUUACACGAGCGAGAACUGUGGCUGAAAUUUCAUGAAGUGGGGACCGAAAUGAUCAUCACCAAAGCGGGAAGGCGUAUGUUCCCCAGUUACAAAGUCAAGGUCACUGGACUGAAUCCCAAAACGAAGUACAUCCUGCUCAUGGAUAUUGUACCAGCUGACGACCACAGAUACAAAUUUGCAGAUAAUAAAUGGUCUGUGACUGGGAAAGCAGAACCUGCUAUGCCUGGACGGCUGUAUGUGCACCCAGAUUCUCCAGCCACAGGUGCCCAUUGGAUGCGGCAGCUGGUCUCCUUUCAGAAACUGAAGCUCACCAAUAACCAUCUGGACCCAUUUGGACAUAUUAUAUUGAAUUCCAUGCACAAAUACCAGCCUAGACUGCACAUCGUAAAAGCAGACGAAAAUAAUGGAUUCGGCUCGAAAAACACAGCCUUCUGCACCCACGUCUUCCCAGAGACGGCUUUUAUCGCUGUGACCUCCUACCAGAAUCACAAAAUCACCCAAUUAAAGAUCGAGAACAAUCCUUUUGCCAAAGGCUUCCGGGGAAGUGAUGAUAUGGAGCUUCACAGAAUGUCAAGAAUGCAAAGUAAAGAGUACCCAGUGGUUCCCAGGAGUACGGUGAGACAGAAGGUUGCUGCCAACCACAGCCCCUUCAGUGGGGAGGCCAGAGUUCUCUCAGCCUCUUCCAACUUGGGGUCCCAAUACCAGUGUGAGAACGGCGUCUCCAGCACCUCCCAGGACCUGCUGCCCCCUCCCAACCCUUACCCGCUCUCCCAGGAUCAUGGCCAGAUUUACCAUUGCACCAAGAGAAAAGAUGAGGAAUGUUCCACCACUGAGCAUGCCUACAAAAAGCCCUACAUGGAGACCUCCCCCACUGAAGAGGACCCCUUCUAUCGGUCCAGUUACUCCCAGCAGCAGGGGCUGAAUCCCUCCUACAGGACUGAAUCUGCCCAGCGCCAAGCCUGCAUGUAUGCCAGCUCUGCUCCCCCCACAGACUCCGUGCCCAGCUUGGAAGACAUUAGCUGUAAUACCUGGCCUGCCAUGCCUUCAUACAGCAGCUGUACAGUGACCGCCAUGCAGUCUGUGGAUAGACUCCCUUACCAACAUUUCUCGGCCCAUUUCACUUCGGGGCCCUUGGUGCCCCGUUUGGCUGGGGUGGCUAAUCACAGCUCCCCCCAGCUCGGGGAGAGCAUGUUUCAGCAUCAGACGUCCGUCUCCCAUCAGCCUGUGGUUCGGCAGUGUGGGCCGCAGACCAGCCUCCAGUCCCCUGGCAGCAUACAGCCUGCUGAGUUCCUGUACUCCCAUGGGGUACCUCGAACCCUCUCUCCUCAUCAGUACCACUCUGUCCAUGGAGUGGGCAUGGUGCCAGAGUGGAGUGAGAACAGCUAAGACUGAGCAAGGGGCUGUGAUGAUAGACAUGAAGAGGGAGGAUGAGAGACAGGAAACCCCUUUGGCAAGAUUUCCUCCAACUGGGCCCUUGUGCCAGCUGGAUGCUGAUUUGAAACCACAAUUCAAAAAAUGUGACUUUUUUGUUUUGUUUCAAAAACUCAAAAAAAGGGAAAAAAACCCAACCCCACAAAAAGUCAACCUGUUCCAUGACUCCCUUUCCUCUCACCUUCCAAACUCAUCUUCUACAACCACCCUGAGGCCUGAGCUGUGUUUUUGCAUCUCAACACCAGAGUUGUAACUAGGGUAGGCCAACUAGUGCUUGGUCCCAGAGUGCUCCGAUUUAGGGAGCAUAGACAGCUCUUGCAGUCAAUCAAUCAACACAUCAAGUCAACAACCAUUUAUUAAGUGCUCACAGAUACACCAGGCACUGUGUUAAUUAC